AUGAAGUUCUUCAAAAGCGUCAAACACUCUCUUGAGACCGAUGUCAACUGGCAUAAUGCACGGCGAUAUGGUGUACAAGGCGCCCGUGCAUUCCCCUCGGCGGCGGCCACCUAUGUUCUUGACAAAGUGCCCAUUGCCAGUUGGCUGCCUCGAUACAAUCCUCGAUGGCUCGUCAACGACUUCAUUGCAGGCCUUACACUGGGCAUCAUGCUGAUCCCUCAGGGACUGGCAUAUGCCAAGAUUGCCACAAUCCCCGUGCAGUAUGGUCUGAUGGCCAGCUGGCUGCCAGGCAUCCUGUACACCUUCAUGGGCACCUCCAAAGAUCUCUCCACGGGUCCCACUUCGCUCAUCGGUUUGCUCACCGCGGACAUCAUCAAAGAUCUUGUCAAGGAUGGUUAUACUCCCCAGCAAAUUGCCUCCGCGGUGUCUUUGGGCAUGGGUGUCUAUGGCAUGGCCCUUGGAUUCUUGAAACUGGGCUUCCUCCUUGAUUUUGUUUCCACACCUGUUCUCAAUGGCUUCAUCUCCGCUGCGGCCAUUGUCAUUGGGUUGGGACAGGUGGCCUCGUUGCUCGGUGAGCCUGGUGGCGGCGACGGCACGGCUCAACAGAUCAACUAUGUCUUCUCUCAGCUCCCGCAGGCGGGAGGGAUCACGUGCGCGAUCGGCUUCUCCGCCAUGGUUAUCCUGGUGUCCCUGGACCAAGUCGGCAAGAAAUGGGGGAACAAGAGCCGCAUCGCAUUCUACCUCUCAAUCAGUCGAGCCUUCAUUUGCGUCCUGUUGUACACUGGCAUCAGCUACGCUGUCAAUCACAAUCGAGCCAGCGACGACCAUCUCUUCGCCGUUGCCAAGGUCAAGGCCGAUGGUCUCCAAGGGAGCGUUGUCGAUUCAAAACUAUUUUCCAAAACCAUUGGCCGGAGCAUUGCUCCCUUCGUGGCCGCCGCGCUCGAACACGUGGCCAUUGGACGAGCAUUUGGAAUUCGCAAUAACUACUUACCUGAUAUCUCCCAGGAACUCUGCUACCUUGGUGUCGUCAACAUGGGCAACAGUUUCUUCAUGGCCAUGGGUGUUGGUGGCGCCAUGUCACGAACAUCUGUCAAUUCGGGGUGCAAAGUGCGCUCCCCUCUCUGUGGCACCAUCACCACCGCUGUCGUCUUGAUCACCAUCUACGAACUGACCGGGGCGCUUUACUGGAUCCCGAAAGCUGUUCUUUCCGCCAUUGUCAUCACCGCCAUCUGGCCGUUGAUUGGAAGCUGGCGCACCUAUUACUACUACUGGCGCACCUCUUUCACCGACUUUGUUGCUGCAAUGCUGGCAUUCUGGCUGACGUUGUUCAAAUCAUCUGAAGUCGGAAUUGGAACCGGCGUGGGAUGGUCCAUUGCCGUCUCAUUGAUUCGACAAGCAUUCAAGCGUGUCCCGAAUGUCAAUUCGGCGUCCGCCUCGCCUCUUGUAAGAUCGAUCGAUGCCGCAAGAGACAUGCCCGACAAUGUGCCUGCCGAUACUGAAAUUUUCGUGUUCGCCGAGUCAAUCUUCUUCCCGAACGCCCACCGAUUCAAGACCGCGAUUUUGGAUACGAUCAAGACACAUCACUCGCCUUCGUUUCUUUCGCCUGAGAGUGAAGAAGCCGAGAGGACAUGGUCCGUUGUAGGUGAGAAGAGAGUGGCCAAACUCCGAAAAGCCGUCGGCGCGGGAAGCAGUUCCGUCCUUCCUCCCAUUCGACUCCUCAUCCUCGACUUCACCAAAGUGAAUCACUUUGACACCACGGCCAACUUGAAACUGCGAGAGCUUUUCAACGAGGCUAGAAAGUAUGGUGGUGAUUCACUCGAGAUAAGGUUUGUGGCAUUGAAUGCUACCGUACGAGCACGACUUGAGAGGGCAGAGCCUGGCUGGAUUCUCAUCGAUGCAGACCAGGCAGAAAGUGCGGACCCAGACGAGAAGACGAACCCAUUCACUGUCAGGGUGUAUGAAAGCGCCAAGGAGGCAAUGACUGCGCCGAGAUAUUAUCAACCGGAGCAAAUGGUGGACGUGAACGUGGACGACGUGGAAGUGGUGAACGAGAAGAUGACUUCUAAGCAUGUUGAGACUGUCUGA